UGCGGUAAUGGCUAUAUACCCAAAGUCGCACCGUUCUGUACUAAAGACGUGUGAAAAGGAUGGAAGGAAGUCUUUUAGGCCUCAGUGGAGGGACUCGAGUAAUGGACUUUAUUACUUGUUGCUUUAUUUUAUUUUCCAGCAGAAUUAUUUUACUUUCAGAGGCGCGACUGAUCCGCGCGGACUCCAAGUUACCAGCAGCGCCUGCAGUAGCUCUCCAGGCCGCUAGGGGGCGGGCGGCAGUCAGGGGUCCCAGAGAGGCGCACAGCUCCACAGGCAAGCACUACACUGGUCACGUGACCAUCGAUCGCCUUUUCAUAGUGAAAGAGGGCAACUUCGGAGCAUCUCACGGAGCCGUAGGUCAUUAAUUAAGUCACGAUGGCGAACGCGGCACACGUAUCCAGGAUUCUCUCCCUGUACAAGCGGAUCCUGCUGCUGCACCGCUUCCUGCCCAUUGAAUUGCGGGCCCUGGGCGACCAGUACGUGAAGGACGAGUUCCGGAGGCACCGCGCUGUCACCGCGCCGCAGGACGUGCGCAGCUUCCUGAAGGAGUGGGAGAGCUACAAGGACACCCUGCAAGCUCAGGUCCUGGAGUCAGCCGGGAGAGGCGGGAAGACGGCCGCCUUCGGAGCCAAGCUCUCCGAGGAGAAGCUGGCGCACUUUCAGGACGAGCAGAUUGGCCAGUUGUACGAGCUCAUGCUGGAGUCCCGUAAGCCCAGCCGGCAGUUCCGCAUCCAAGAGGACGACCCCCGGAAGUAGGAGCGGAAGUGAAGCGGCUCCUCUGUGUGGUCGGGCCGCGUCGGGGGCGCGCUGACUCACCUCCAGGGGCGCGGUUCUUCCUCAGGGACAGUUCCGGAAGAAGCGCUAGACUCGAGCCAAGCCCACGGAGAAAGCUCUUAAGACUGUAAUUAUAUUAAAGUGUUCUCCAAAUGCUGCUCGCCAAGGCAUUGCCCCCAUUUCUCUGCCCGUGUCUUUCGCCUGUUUUCACGAGAGGUUGGAACCAUCAACAUGCUCAUUGUGGCGGCUGUCCUCUCCGAAAACUUAUUUCCGAGAGCCUCGAGUGGCACCAUUGCGUCCUCGACGCAACCUUGACUUGUUCGGGGCCUUGCUGUCAAAAAAGCACGGACGGGGGGGGUCUCGUCUGCCUUCCCUCGGCUUAGCGGCCAAUGCAGAAGGAACAUCUUAGUCGAAGCCGCGUCGCGGUGUGCUUUUGAGGGAUGAGCCGCCUUCGGCUGCUGCGCAGUGUUGGUUCUUCCAUGCAAAGUGAUUUAUGCAGGUUUCUUUUCACCAGAUUGCAUGAGAGAAAUAUAUAAACGGUUGUGUAUCUGAGCCACAUUUUUAAGACUACCUAAUUUGGCUUUCACUGGUAUGCUCCCUUAUGUUGUGCCAAUUGUCAACGACUCUUGUUUCCACCUUGUUGGCUUUUUUAUUUUACUGCAGUCGUACUAUAUGCUGGGUCAAGUCAAACUCGAACCCUUGCCGCACAUUACCACCUCGUAAUGGGGAAAUGCAGAUUCGGCAGACAUUUCCUUCAAGGGCUCCGGAUGGUCUCUUGACUUGUACCGCAGUGAGCUUGUGUUAACGUAAACAGUCCGGCCCCCUACCAUGAGACACAUGGGGUCGAUACGGCUCCAGGUGCGAGAAGGUCAUAUCACCUGGGCGGCGUCAGCUCAGACAGCAGAGACAAUACCGCACCAUCUGUGGAGAUUAGAAGAUGAGCAAGUCUGAUCUCCAUUCCCUCCUCCCAUGUAGGAGGGAGCGAUGGAAAGGAUCGCACGUUUACCAACCUUUCAGUGCAAGUUGUGGUACUGAGAGACCUGGGUCAAAGCUGAAGAAUCAGCGUGUUUAUGUGCUGCUUGAUUCGGACGAUGGGAGCGGAAUAAUCCUAAAAUAAAAUUUAGACCUGCUCUUAAAAAUGACAAAAAGCUACCGCCAGAGCACAUGGACACCACUUCUGGGAAUGGAAGGCACAUUAAAGCGGCCCCCGAUCACACCGUAGCUAAUGAGCACUUAAGCGUGACAACGUGAGACACUUCCGAGCAAAGCAAGAAAUAAACGUGCGAAUUUGGGAGCAAGCUGUAAUAGCCAACAUGUUGUAAACGCAUUAACGUUGAAAGAUGUGCGGAGUCAGCCGUUCGCACCGAGGAAGGCCUUCGGUCACUUAGGAAGAACAGCCUGUGGCGUUCGUUUCUUGCAGCGUCGUUACGCAAAUGGAGAGCGGGACUUUAUUUAAUUGAGCCCAGUAAUUGCUCUGUAACAGAGAUGAGAAUAUAUUAGUUGAAUGGCUCUCCUGCCGCAGAUAUUCUAGCGCCUCGUUUUCGCCUGUUUGAGCUCAGUUUCCCUAGAUGUGAGAGGGGAAAGUAAACGUUUGAGCGUCUCCUCUUCUCCCCACUUACUGAAGGGUUGUUGACUCUCAAACAUGGGCAAAGUCUACGUUUACUGCGCUCAAGGCGGUUCUACCCCGCGGGAGACGCCUGGUUUUCUCUGUCCGUGUCCUGCGGUCCAAGGUGGACGUGUGUGAAGAGACUGGAGGGAAAAUAUUUUUGCUUAAAAUGACCACUGUGGGGUUACUCAUCCUUUCCUUCAUGAUUUCAGGCCUUUUUUUCCUUCUUUACAAAAUCUCAGACUGGAAACCAGUAAUGGCCCGGUGAAUGAAAGCUUCAGGGGAAUCUCGGCUGUUAAUAACCUAAUUUAGUCUCAUUUCUUAAUAGGCUCAUUUGCUCUCCUUCCAAAUCCCAUAUUUCUGAGCUUCUUAAAAUUUGGUACUGUAGUUUUUUGGGUUGCAGGUUUAGCCAGUGCCUUCCGUGUGCCGGGUCCGGGGUUCGAGCCCUGCUCGGGGUGCCCUGCAGUGGAUUGGCAUCCCGUCCAGGGUGCUCCCCGCGACCCCGCCCGGGACAAACGGCUCCAGAUAUUGGUUGGUAGCUUUUCAGAGGCUUUAUCCUUAAAUUUUCCUGAAAAGUUUCGACGGAAUUGAGAGGGGUUGCUGUUGCUGGAACGGCCCCAAAUCAGUUUAACAAAACUGUUUCAAUCCCAUGUACCUGUUUCGUGAAAGUCAUCAGGAGUUGGGUUAGGGUAAGAAGAAAACGGGCCACCGCUGCAAGGGUCGGUCUUCGGCGUGACUCGUGGGUUUGAAAAAACAUCCCUUAGGAUGAACCGUUGGGUUGGAAGUGGGCACGUGCUCUUGAGCAGCCCCAAAACCAAACACGAUGCCUUAAGAGCUGCAACAAACACGCAAACAAUGCGGAGUCGUGGGAACGAAACGCGCCUGGGUACCUAAUCUUUGCCCGUGUGUGCGGUACGCUUUUCUGGGUGAUGCCGGUAAACAACACUCCAAAGUGUAUUUUGAGUAAACAAGCGGCGAGGCUCGCCAGAAGGUCGCCGUUGGAGGGCACGAGCCGGUGCGUGGUUAGCGGUGACUCACCUCCUCUCGCCGUUAGCUGGAGGAGCUCCACCGGGCUCAAGAGCGUUCCGAUUUAGCAGGAUGAUUCUAAGCGAACAAUUUACCGCUGCUGAAGAGCGUGCGCUACAUCAUCGAGCAGAGUUCGCCUAGUUAAAUGCUUGUGGAUAGUCUGACUUUGUGGCCCGAGUUUGUUUUUAAAAUUAAUAACGGUAAUCCGCUGGCAUAACGCAAGUUGAGGGAGAAAGUAGUGUCAUUAGAAAGUUUCCAAAGCUCUGCUGGAAGAUGCUGUGAAUCGAGCUCGCGGUGGAGCCGCACGUCUUUCUUCGCGUUUGGGUUCGGGGCUUUCGGUGCGAACGAGAUGCUCGGUACAGCGCGGAUUUAACGAAACGCUGAGCUCUAAAACGGGAGCGACGCAAGAAGCCGAGUGAAAAAGGUUUCGGAGGCACCGGGAGGCUUUAACUCUGAGACAUGAGCCUUGAUGUCACGAAUCUGUACAUCUUGUAUCUGAGAAGACCAGGAAUUACGGUGUACCCCCAUUUUCUUUCCAUAGCAGAUUAUACCUAUUAUUGAUCAUGAAAUCAGCACGAUUAUGACAGUCCAUUAUUAAAUUACCUCAAAGGCACAGCUAUCCAAAAAGGAUCCAAUAAAAGCUACAACGGGGUAUUUUCUGAUGUGGCUCCUGCGUCAUUAAUGCAGUUCCUUUCCCAGAAUUCGGAGCUGCGGGUUUUUGCUGGCGUGCCCAGUUCUUUGGGCACUGCAGUACUUUCCGCUGUGUCCGCAGAAGAAAUGUAUGAAGCGUUGCUUACUUUGUAAAGGGCACCUUGAGGUCCUCCAAAUCACUGUCACAUCCUUCAAAAAGUAUGGAUUUUGGAGCCAUUCGAGAGCGAUUUAACAUCCAGCAGCAAUGUGCUCUUGCCUUGAAAGAGAGGAGCUCUCAAAUUUCCCCUUCCGCCUUUGGAACUCGGGACGGGGGUAUUGUACCAUACCGUACCGUGUACGGUUGUGGUGCUCCCAGUCCUUGUCCGGUUCUUUGGCAAAGUGCCGACAAGACUUAUGGAAUAGACUCGUUUCAGAAGUUAACUUUCCGCCGCAAAUGCCCACGUAAGAUCACCCAGCGCCUUUGCAUUGCUAAUACUCAAAUCAAAUGCUCAUCAGAAUGAUGUGUAAGAACACCAUUGAUUAUUAAAAAGGUAAUUUGACUAGAUUUAUUACCACUACUAAUAUGGCCACCAUCCCGGGUGUAUUUUUUAAUAUUUUG